AAUUACACGCCGCGCGAGCACGGCCCCGUACGCUAGGCUGCUCACAGCUCAGUCGCCACGACACGCUCGCCCGAACUACCCGUCUCCACCAAGCCGACACAAAGAGUCAGAAAUGACUCCAUCGUGCGCGAUCAUCCUCGCGCUCCUAUGCGCGGGGACCGCGACCGCCGAUGUACUCCCGCAUCCACUCUCCGACGAAUUCAUCUCGCUCAUCAACACGAAGCAAAACACCUGGCAGGCCGGCCGCAACUUCCCGUUAGAAACUUCAAUGAAACACAUCAGGAAGCUGAUGGGCGUAUUACCCGACCAAAACUUGAUGAAUUUGCCGACGAGGGUCCAUGACGACGAUCUCAUCGCGAGUCUCCCUGAAAGUUUUGACCCCAGAGAAAAAUGGCCGGACUGUCCCACUCUGAACGAGAUCAGGGACCAAGGAUCCUGUGGCAGUUGCUGGGCCUUCGGCGCAGUUGAGGCAAUGUCCGACCGUUAUUGCACUUACUCGAACGGCACUAAACACUUCCACUUCUCCGCCGAGGAUCUUCUUAGUUGCUGCCCAAUUUGCGGUCUCGGGUGCAACGGUGGCAUGCCGUCCCUGGCCUGGGAAUACUGGAAACACGGCGGAUUAGUGUCUGGAGGUAACUACAACUCGAGCCAAGGAUGCAAGCCGUACGAAAUUCCUCCUUGCGAGCACCACGUACCCGGCAACCGACUGCCAUGCACUGGUGAUGACUCAAAAACACCCAAAUGCGUGAGAACUUGCGAGAAAAAUUACAAUGUAGACUUCAAGAAGGAUAAGCGUUAUGGCAAGCACGUGUACACAGUAAGAGGAGGUGAGGACCACAUGAAAGCGGAGCUCUUCAAAUUCGGCCCCGUUGAAGGUGCGUUUACGGUGUAUGCGGAUUUGUUGUCUUACAAGAGCGGUGUUUACAAACACACACAAGGCGACGCUCUAGGUGGGCACGCCAUUAAAAUUAUGGGCUGGGGUGAAGAGAACGGCAUGAAGUACUGGCUGAUCGCGAACUCCUGGAAUACGGACUGGGGCGACAACGGCUUCUUCAAGAUCCUGCGCGGGGAAGAUCAUUGUGGCAUCGAGAGCUCAAUCGUCGCAGGCGAGCCUUUGCUAGUUUAAACACUUUCAUUUAAGCCUUAUUUAGGAAUAGAUCUUAUUUUAAACUGUCUUUCAUUUAUUGAAGCUAUUGUUUUUGUACAUAAUAAGUCAAGUAAUAACAUGCCAAAUAUUAAAAAAGACUAUCAAAUUAGUGUAUAAUAACUCCCUGUUAUUUUCUUAUUAAAAGAUAAAAAUAACGCA